AUGGGUCUUGGAAUCAGAUCUGCGAUGCCUAACAUGUGGACAUUGAUUUUGCUUGUGGCAGCAGUUGCUGUUGUGGUCUUCAUUCGAGCUGCGAGCAUACCUAAGACCAAAUACCGCUACCCACCGGGCCCGAAAGGCAUCCCAAUAUUUGGCAACCUGUUCCAGCUUCCCCCAAGAUAUCCAGGAGAGAAGCUAUUGGAAUGGGGGAAGCAGUAUGGAGAUAUGUUCACGCUCCAACUCGGCGCACGCAAAUGGGUGUUCGUCAAUCGAUACAGCACGGUGCGAGAGCUGCUCGACCAGCGAGGCAAGCUGUACAGCGGAAGGCCAGAGUUUCCCGUCACCCAGGAUAUCUUAUCUGGUGGGAAUCGCAUCGUCAUGAUGGGUAAUACCUCGCGUUGGCGUAGCCUCCGCAAGGUAAUGCACCAGAUUUUGAUGGCGAGUAACUCAGAAACAUAUGCUCCAUUCCAGGAUAUCGAAUCGCGGGCACUCCUUUGGCAGUUUCUGCACCAGCCCGAGGAGUUCUACAAGCAUGGCGCACGAUUUGCGAAUUCAGGUUCGUUGUCCUUCGUCUUUGGCCGUCGCACAAGCAUGGACGAUGCCAACGUGCGGCUCUUAUUUUCGACCAUCGACGACUUCAUGGAAACCCAGGCGUCGCCAUCGACCAGCAUGAUCGAGCAAUUCCCUUGGCUCGUCAGACUCAUCCCGAAACCUCUGCAAUGGUACCGGCCCAAGGCUGAGCGGGUCUUUCGAAAGACUAUCGGUGUCUACGCCUCCUUCCUCGACGAGCUCGAGCAGCGAAUCAAACAGGGCGAAGAUCCCCGGUGUUUCGCGCGCGACAUGAGCGUGUUGGCCGAUAAAUACGGGUUCGACGCUGCUCAGAAAUAUUUCUGCGCGGGAUCCAUCAUCGAAGCUGGCAGCGACACCACGCGGAAUCAGAUCAAUCUCCUGCUUGCUGCGGCAGCGAAGUAUCCGACCUGGGUCCACACGGCUCAGGCCCAGCUCGAUCAUGUCUGCGGCAAGGCUGUACGACUGCCUGCUUUUGAGGACUGGCACCGACUACCAUACAUACUAGCGGCCGUGAAAGAAAGCCUACGCUGGCGACCGAACAUGACUACGUCCGGGACGCCACGGGCGCUGACGGAAGACGACACAUACGGCGAGUGGGUGUUCGAGAAGGGCACCGUGUUCAGCUAUAACCACUACGGGCUGAGCCACGACGGGAAGGAGUUUCCCGACCAGCACGACGCCUUCGUGCCUGAACGAUUUCUCAACGACGAUCUCCACGAUCUCCUCAAGGGCCAUCUGGGUUUCGGUGCUGGCCGUCGGAUCUGUCCCGGCGCACACCUCGCGACACGAAACAUGUUCAUCGCGUUCUCGCGGCUGUUGUACUGCUUCGACUUCUGCGAAGUACCCGGCUCGCCUAUCAAUGACCGCGAGAUUGAUCCGCUGGCGCACGAUCACCCGCCGUUCCAGAUCAGCAUCACGCCGCGGAGCCAGGACCAUGUUGCGCUGAUUGAGCGCGAGUGUCGCUCGGCCGGGAGCGAGUUGUGA